AUGUUUGACAGGAUUUUAUCGAUUAAAGAAUCUAUCAUAGCUACCCUUGCAGUAUUGGGUAACAGUGAGUUAAACCGUCUCAGUUCAGAGGAAUGGAUUCUUCUUGAGGAUGCACGGGAUAUAUUAAAAAUAUUUUAUGACGUCAAUGUUGAGAUUAGUGUUGACAAAUAUGUUACACUAUCAAAAGAAAUUAUUUUUGUUAAUUCAUUAAAUAAGUAUGUCUCAAAGUUUGUUAACAAUAAUACAUUACCAACUGCUAAUCAGCAUAUGGCUAAUACAAUGAGUGAAGAGUUGAUUAAAAAGUUUUAUGACAUUGAAGAUAAUCCAUUGGUAACUCAAGCAGCACUCUUAGAUCCAAGAUUCAAAAAGCAUAUGUUUUACAACGGUACAAAAUGUGAAAAUGCUAUCAAUUUCCUAAGGGCAAAGAUUCAAAGUAUUAUACUAGAACCGGACACAUUUGAACAACAACAACCUACAAUUACCACUGCCACUACAAAUUCAACCACUUCAUCAAACAGUUGUUAA